AUGGUCUUCUGUGUUUGCCCUCUCCUAGCCACGGGGCUAGCUCGUUGCCUGCUGAGCAAUCUCUCUGUGAUCGUCGGAGGGGGGGGGAGCCGGUGCCAGGGGCGAGUGGAGAUUCUCUACAAUGGUUCCUGGGGGACAGUGUGCGAUGAUGACUGGGACAUCGUGGAUGCCAAUGUGGUGUGUCGCCAGCUGGGCUGUGGCCAUGCCAUCACCCUUCCAGCUGCCAUGACCUUUGGCCAAGGGAGCGGACCCAUCUUCCUGGACAAUGUGGAUUGCAAGGGCCGGGAGGCAGCUCUGAGCGAGUGCUGGAGCCAUGGCUGGGGCAUCCACAACUGUUACCACUACGAGGAUGUGGCUGUCAUAUGCAACGAGCUCUCACCCAUGCAAGCCAGCGAAGGACCGACGAGCAGGACUGUCACAGCCUCGGUGCAGCAUGGAGAAAGUGAUGGCAGCAUCCGCCUGGUGAGUGGGACCGACACCUGCCAGGGCCGGGUGGAGAUCUUCUACCGCGGGAACUGGGGCACUGUGUGCGAUGACGACUGGGGCCUGAGUGACGCCAGCGUGGUGUGCAAGCAGGUGGGCUGCGGCCAAGCCCUGGAUUACAAGAGCAAUGCCUAUUUCGGCUACGGCACGGGGCACAUCCUCCUAGACAACGUCAACUGUGACGGCAGCGAGCCCUUCCUCUCCGCCUGCUACAGCCUUGGCUGGGGGAUCCACAACUGCGGCCACCACGAGGAUGCUGGAGUCAUUUGCACAGGGCUGGACAUGUCCACCGUCACAUCCUUCACCACCUCGGUGGCCCUGGAGUAUGAAGAGACGCUCACUGCCACGGCCACAGCAGCCACAGACGGCCGAGACCAGCCCUCCCAGGCGACCGAGGUGAUCACAACCGCUCUCCUCACCAUAGAGGAGGAAAGUAAGUGUGCGGCUGCCACCAGUCCUGCGCGGGGCCUGGCACGGACUCCCUCCCAGGCCACGCAGCCCCAUCUGGACUCUGCCCCGAGCCUCGAGGAGCACAGAUGUCUCCUUAAUUGUUUUUCUCACCCCUUCCCUUCUUUGUCAGGUGCUGAUGACUCAGGAGAUCAUUUCGAAGAAGCUACUUUUACAACCACCACAUUGGCCCCAACCCGUCCCAAGGACGGGUUCCUGCGCCUGGUGAACGGCAGCCACCGGUGUGAGGGGCGCGUGGAGAUGUUCUACCUGUCCCAGUGGGGGACGGUGUGCGAUGAUGCCUGGGACUUGAGGGACGCCAAGGUGGUGUGUCGGCAGCUGGGCUGCGGGCACGCCGUGGCGGCCUGGGGGGAGGCGCGCUAUGGCCAGGGCGCUGGCUACAUCUUCCUCGACAACCUCAAGUGCAAAGGCAACGAGGCCUCGCUGCUCCGCUGCUCCCACAUCCGCUGGGACGUCCACAACUGCGACCACUCGGAAGAC